AUGUCGUCCAAAUAUGGCGCCACUUUAAAAUGGCGGACAAUUAAAUAUCACUUUGCGCUAUGUAGAUUGCCCCAAUACUCCAUGCUGCUUUAUAAGUCUCUUCGACUGGAUAUGUCGACGCGGAGCGGCGCAAACGCAAUACGUGCGCGGCGUGGGCACAAGGAGAGGUCGAAGAACUUCACGGAGCUGGAGAAACGCACCGUCCUCGAGCUGAUCGCGAGGCACCGGGACGUGCUGCGGCAGGGGCGCUCCAACAACGCCACGAAUCGCAGUAAACAGCUGGUCUGGUCAACGAUUUGCGAAGAAGUGAACAAACGCUGCGGCGGCGAACGGCCGCGCACUCCCGCGCAGGUCAAGAUGUGGUACGAGAACUAUAAGAAGAAGUGCAAGAUGCGCGCGCACGAUACGCAACUCGUAAAGACCCCAACUUCAGAAACGCCCGGCCUCCUCGACGGAAUGUUGUGGCAGAAUAUUCACCCGCUAGAUGUCAAAGUUUCAGGCGACGAAAAUGACGCAACGACCAGUGGAGAAGGCGCUCAUAGCGUAAAGGAUGAAGGACCGGUUAAUAUGUCGAACGGGCGUCUCUCAACGAACGACAGCGACGACACGAUGCCAAACGUACUUGAACCCCACGUACAAAUCAUCCCCCAAUCCUCACCCAGUCCGCCCCUAAAAUCCCUCCCUAACCCCCUGAAUCCCCUCAUCCCCAACUUACCCCUCCUAGCGAACCCCUUAGCGCUCGAACAAGCGCGUAUCCAACAAAAUUUCUUGCAAAAGCUGAACGAAUUGUCUAACACGCCGCUGAACCUCAGCCAUUUAGAUGACGAGAAACGUAAAGGCCAAGAACCGUCAGACGAGCACGGGAAACACGACUGCGGUACGGCCACGGAGGAAGAAAGGUUGUACUUUACGGCGAAGAGACAACACGCCAUCUGGGAACACGAGGCGAAAAUGAAAAUUUUAAAUAUGGAACUGAGGCAGAAGGAGGAGAUCUUCUCGCUUCAAAAGCAGCUCUUCCUCAUCGAAUUGCGUCUCAAAAUGGACUUCCUGGAGAAGGCCAGCGCCAAAUGA